CGCGAGCGAGCCGGGCUCUGCUUUCCAGCCUCCCCGGCGGCGGCGGCGUCUUGGGCUGGUGCGCCCAGGCUGGGGGCAAAAGGGAUGCGGCGGGGCGCCCCCCCCGCGGGGACAGCAUGACCCGCCGCGACCGGCUCAUGAAAGGGAGACCCCAGAGGCAGCCGGAGGCCGGCGGAGGCGCCCGGGCCGGUUUCUUCCUCGCUAGACCGAGCCUUGUCCUGAUGCUGGAAAGGGGAGACCAGCCCUGCGUGAGCAGCAGCAAGAAUGGCAUGGCUGGCAAUCCGCUGAGCGGCGACAGUGCGGACCCGCAAGCCGUGAAGGAGAAUGCCAGGGCACCUUCGCCUACAGCCCUCUCUUCUCCCCCCGCCGCGGAGCCCCCCAAGCCUGCCCGCCCUCGCCGCCCCAGGCCCCCCGCCAUGCUCCCCUCGGAGCGCCCGUACCAGUGCAAAGACUGCGGCAAGCGCUUCAUCUACCGCUCCAAGCUGGCCACCCACCAAUGGACCCACUGCGCCGAGCGCCCCUACAAAUGCCCCGAUUGCCCCAAGAGCUUCAGCUACCCCUCCAAGCUGGCCGCCCACCGCCGAACCCACACGGGCGAGCGGCCGUACCCUUGCAGCCUGUGCCCCAAGCGCUUCGGACACCGCUCCAAGCUGGCCGCCCACCAGUGGAUCCACACCCCGGAACGCCCCUACAAAUGCGCCGACUGCCCCAAGAGCUUCUGCUAUCCCUCCAAGCUGGCCGCCCACCGCCGCACGCAUACGGGGCAGCGCCCUUACCCCUGCAACCGCUGCGGGAAAAGCUUCUGCUACCCCUCCAAGCUGGCCGCCCAUCAGCAGAUCCACGCGGCUGCCGCAGCGGGACGCCCCUACCCAUGCAUGCGCUGCAGCAAGAGCUUCCGGCAGCUCCGCAACCUCACGCUCCACCAGCGGGUGCACGAGGACGCCGAGGCGGAGAGCGACUUGUCCCAAAACAAGGGCCGCAGCAAUGGGGAGAGGCCUUAGAGCGGAGCUUCCAGAGACCGGACCAUGGGAAGGGGAAGGGUGGUUAAAAUUUGAACACGUGGUGGGUGCGGUGGGAUCGUUUUGUAUGUAGCUGAACAGGACACAAGGGAGGAUUUGAAAUGACAUGACGAUGCCCCCCUGUUGGCUCAUAACCUCUUGGCCCAUGGCGGUUUGCUCCCCCCCCUGGUACUGCCAAAUCAAAGCGCUCUUCAGACCAACUUGUGUGUCGCCCCCUGAAAAACAAUUCCACGUUCUCACCCCGAUUCUGCAGCAAGGAAAGGCGUAUCCUGCGCCCUGAAUAAUUUAUGCAACCUGGCACAUCUAGUUUAUUUUGCUGAAAUCUAUUUUCAACUUGCGUCAAGGAAUCACGAAGAACACAGAAGUCCUGCCGCCGUAUGCAGAAAUCCGUUUUGUAAGAAAUUUGUUUUGAAAGAUAUUUGUGUUCCCCCUCCCCAACGUUUAGCAUCACACGAGAGCAGAAUUCUGUCUUUGCUUUGCACAGAGGGACAAAUGAUCUGUCUGGUGCUGGGACGGUAUGUAUUCUGUGGCUUUUUAAUUUGCACACGUGCACAAGAACUCCUUGGGAUCGGAGACCUGGCCUUGCCAACCUUCCGAACGUCGGUUGCCUACUGCGGCCUACGCAGUGGUUUUGUGAACUAAGGCAGGGCUUAAAUUUGCAGUGGUUCCCAAAGCGGGAGGUUUAAAAACACAGUAGCAGGUGAAGGUACAUUGCUCUGGCCGCGCGCGACUGGAAGCCCUGUCUGAUCUGGCCGGUCUUUUAAAAAAAAAAAAAAAAGCUUCAAGCCCUCAUUAAUUCAAAGGGUAAACCUGGGAAAAAACAUUUGGAAUUUCUGGGUGGAAUUAGAGGUCAGCACGAUUCUGUACAACUGCAGUCUGCCCGUUCUGUGUCUAACAAGCAGAAUAACUUUUGUUAAAAAAAGACAUAAUUUAUGUAA